AUGUUGGUUAAUAUGAGAAGGACGGCGGGAGAGACUCCUUGGUUGUAUACCAAACGAUAUUGGAAAGUUUACAAUCUCAUUCCUAAUUGCGUUGCCGAGUCAUUCAUGAAUGGACUAGAUCCUUCUUCGGCAAUGUUUUGUGAUCUGUCUCGAAAUCCACCAAAAACUAUGGGAGAGCUCAUGGUCAUUAUCGAGAAGGAUUGUGUUCAUGAAGAAGCAGUGGCCAAGCGCCACGUGCCAAAGGCCUCAGAACUCUCUAAGACCCCAGUCAUGGCAAGGCGGGAACCAAGGCCAGACGAGCAUGUGGCCGAGCGAACAGCCUUCACCAAACCAACUUACAAACUCUUGGGUAUCAUAAGCCAGCUACCAUUCUUCAUUUGGCCGAUAGGAUUUAUGGGGACUAUAGGAAAUGGCCCCAGGAUGUGCACGUAUCACAAAGAGCGUGGGCACUACACUACACAGUGUCAACCAUUCAAGCGAUACCUGGAGGAACUUGCCGCAGCUGGGCAUCUCAAUCCUUGGAUUGAUACUCGGAAGAACCCGCUUUCCCCCCCACAGCCGAUCAUUGGAAACAUUGUUGGAGUCAUCCAAGGUCUUGUCUUUGAAGGACGAGCGGAUGAUCUCUGGUCUGAAAUCGAUAGAGCCAUCGCUGCUUUGUCUGUUUGCAACAUUGGCACCUGA